AUGAAUACAGAAGUAGUACCAAAAACAGAGACAGAGUACAAGGCAAUGGUCGAAGCCAGAGAAAGAAUAGGCAUUCCAGCCAACUUUGUGUCCUUCAAAAGAUCACAGAGAAACGUCUACCCAAGAUACGCCUUAUUGAAGAUGGAAAAUGUAACUACAAAAGAGCAGGCUGAGAAAUACAUCGGAAGAGCUGUUGAGAUGUACAUCCCAAAGACAAAGGUGCAACUGUCUGGAUACAAGGAAAGAGUAGUCACAGGAUACAUCCACAGAGUCCACGGAAACUCUGGAAUCGUCAGAGCAAGAUUCGAGAAGAACCUAUGCCCUAAAUUCAUAGGAUCAUUCGUAUACGUGCAGUUAUACAAGGCCAAUCCAAACUACUUCCAAAAAGACUAA